AAAAUAUUAUAACGUAUUAAGACACAUAAACGCAAUAUAACUUGAAGUUGUACGUCUAGUGUGGAACGUUUCAGUGCUCCAUAAUAAUAUUACGAUUCAAGAAGUCGUUUUUUUAAACAAAUUACCAUUGUAUACCUAUAUAUUUUAUAUUUACGUUUUCCAAUAAUGGGGCUUUUGAAAAUUACUCUUGUAUUGAUGGUAAGCUGUUCAUCACUGUACUCUGUGAAUUGUCAUUCAUAUCAUUUCGGCCAAUGUCCAACUCUAGAACCAAUGACUGAUUUUUCAAUGGAUAAGCUUUUAGGAAAAUGGUAUGCAAUACAAAAAACAUCAACGUCAAGUCGGUGUCUGGAAUAUAACUUUGAAAAAACAGGCGAGCCCAAUGCAUAUAAAUUAGAUCAAAUGAGCGAAAAUUCUAUAAUCAAUGUGGCGAAGUCCAAUAAUUACCACUAUGUUGGAAAUUUGAAAGCGGAUCCAAGCUUACCUUCAAGAAUGAUAGCUAAUUUUCCUUUAAGUGUUGCAGGUAAAGCGUCGUUUGUUGUUUUUUCAACGGACUACACAAAUUACGCCGGAAUAUUUUCUUGUCAAAAAAUACCUCUCGGUAACAGACAUUCAGUGACUAUUUUAUCUAGAUCAAAAACUUUGGAUAAACAAUACGUAGAUAAGGUGCGCAACCGCAUUGCUUCGAGCAACGUAAAUCCAUUUGACUUAACCAUCGUUGAUCAGAACAACUGUGCACAUCUCAACACAACAAUGCGCGUGGAAAUCAAUGACCAAACAUUCAGCUCACACAACAUCGGUCAGGCGGUGCGCAAAGUAGGAUCGAAAAUUGGCGAUGGUGUCGAGUACGUGAUCGAAGGUGGUAAAAAAAUAUACAAAUCAGUGAGUAGUUCAGAAACCAAAGAUAACCCCAACAGUGAAUUCGAGUUGAUGCCGUAGAAUGUAGAUUAAUAUCGUAAUAAAUACUUGCAUAAUAAACUAUGUAAACUUAUUUUUAUUGUAAUUAAUAUUCAGGAAUAUCUAUUUAUAGUUUAUACCUAUAGGUAUGGCUCUAUCUACCUAAAUCACAACACAUUUCCUAUGACUGAUUAUCAAAAAUAUUUAUUUUAUAGUUUAUAAAUAAUUUUUUUUAUUUUACUUUACAACUGCAGUUCGUAGUUUGUACAUUUGUUAUAGAUAGAGUUUUAAUUAUUUGACUAUACAUUUAUACAUCGAUAUUAAAUAUUAUACAGAAUUUGAGAAAUAUAUUUUGUUAUUAAUAUAA